AUGGAAUUAACAAUUUUACGCUUAUUACGUAACUAUUCUGUGAAACGGGUUUCCAAAAAAGCCUUAAGUUUAGAAAAUGUGAUAUCCGGUAGUGAGAAAAAUUCCUCUGAAUUAAUCAAGUCAGUAAUAGCUUCGAAGUUGGAACCACAGGAUAUUCCACAAAAUUUUCCAAUUUUGUCUAAUCAAUCUUCUUUCGAUCGAAAUAGUAGUCGUAAAACAUCAGUAUCAACUGAUGAUACAAAGUGCUGUGCUCCAAAUGAAGGGGAUAUAUGUCUUGCUGUCCCCAUAGUUACACGUAGAGCUUCAGCAACGGACUAUGAGCUUCUCGAUAGUCGUUUAGGUAAAUCUAAAAGAUUGUUAGAUACUCCGAUAUCCAUAACUGUGACUGACACUCAAGCUGAGCUAGAUGGUAAUUUAACCUUAAAAAAUGAUGAUAUACAUGCAUUGAGUACUCCAGGGUUAUUUUUAGAAGACCAAAGGUUUACUCGUCGAAACAGCUUCCUGUCUUAUUCUACAGCUGUCGAGGUCAAUGGCAAAGAGGAUCAAGAACCUAUUGAUGAUGAUAAGCAUUUUCAUCCAUCUGCUGAAAUACAAAACAAGAUAGUAAGCUCAUCUUCAUUUCUCAGUGGACUGCAAACAAACGAGUCUAUAUUACUGGAUACGGAUACUGAUAAACAGAAAAUUACGUAUAAACGACUUCCACCUGUUAUCACUUAUGAUUGGAUCAAAUUCCCUGCUGGGAUUAUGGCUAUUGGUGUAAAGUAUUCUUCACAUGUUAGUAGUAAUCAAGAUCAAAUCUUAGUCACACUGCACACAGGUAAAAAUCUGCUAUCUCCUCGCUUAUGGCAUAGAACAAUUUUUUGUGUUUACUGUACUAUAUCUAAUAAAGAAAUUACUCAAACAUUCACUGUUCACAGUAAGGAAACCGAAUUCGGUUGUCCACAGUUUUUAAAUCAUAAUGAGAUUUCAAUGAAUAUACCAGUAAGAAGAUGUUCAAUCUUAUCUGGAGCACAUGAUAUUGAAGCACCAAAAAUACAUAUAAAAUUGAAAAUUUUCGAAUCCAUUCCUAAGUGGUCUGGUGAUAAAGAAUAUUAUCACGGAUCUUGUAGUAUGUCAACAGAAGAGCUUUCGAACGGUCAAAAGGAAUUUGAACACAUCGGAUGGUGUCUAGUUGAAGAAGCUUAUCCAGUAAUACGUUUAUCAGGUGAUAUGUUGAUUUCAAUAUGUCGUAAUCAAAGCAAAGGAUUUGUUAAUAUUCGAAUACAUGAAAUAAGAAAUUUACAAUUUCUUUCAUGUGGAAGAUGGAGAAUUGAAAACUUGAACGAUGUGUUAAAUAACAGAGCUUAUGAAAUGACAGUAUAUAGCUGUUUGAUUAAUGCUGGCCAUAUAAUUAAGUCAAUCAAGGCAACAACAAUCCAUCAUCCUUCUCGAAGAACUUCAAAACAUUAUGGAACAGAUGUAGACAAAUCAACAGAAAACAAGCUAUGCGAAGCAAAAACUACUGAGACAAAAUCUAACAAUUUCACACUGGUUGAUUGUUUUGUUCACUUUAGUCUACCUACAGUAAAAAAAUCUGUUGGUAGACAUUUAGCAGUUAAACAUGGUAUAACGAUAUACGUAAAAGUCCGAAUUUGCUGGGACUCCAAGUUACACACUAUUAUUCUAACAUUUUCGUAUAACUACAACAUACCAGGCUCAGAAAAUGCUUCCGAAUGA